CCUCCCCUCCUUCCAACUACAUUACCACCUUUGCUCUCUCCCCCUCCAUCACUCCCAUCAUGGCUGACACCGAUUCCUUCGUCCAUCUCGCCCGCCCUCUGGGUCCCGUGGCAGUGGGGUCUGCACCGACGACCGCCCCUGUGAAUGUUGUCAUUCAGCCUCAGGCUCUGUUCUCCAUCCUGGACCACUCUCUUCGUCGCAAUGCCGACCAGGAGCGUGUCAUCGGUACUCUUCUGGGAACCAGGUCCGAGGAUGGCACCGAAGUCGAGAUCCGCAGCACCUUCGCCGUGGGCCACACCGAGACGACAGACCAAGUUGAGGUGGAUAUGGAAUACCAGAAGCAGAUGCUCGCCCUGCACCUGAAGGCCAACCCCAAGGAGGUCCUCGUGGGUUGGUACGCCACCUCGUCCGAGCUCAACACCUUUUCGGCCUUGAUCCAAAAUUUCUACAGCGGCCAGGGCGACGGCACGUGGCCUCACCCCGCCGUUCACUUGACCGUCUCCACCGAGGCCGGAAAGGACAUCGAGACCCGCGCCUACAUCUCUGCCCCCGUCGGCGUGACCGCUGAGCGUGCUGCCGACAGCGCUGCCUUCAUCCCCGUUCCCUAUGAGAUCCGUUACGGCGAGGCCGAGAAGAGCGGUCUCGAGGCCAUUGCCGCUGCCCGGGAUGCCGAGGAGCGCUCCGCCAACAUCUUCACCGACAUCGAGGCCCUUGAGCGCGCCAUCGAGGAGGUUCUCGGUAUGAUCGACCGCGUUUCCCGCUAUGUCGAGUCCGUGAUCGACGAGGAGGCCCCCGCCUCCACGGCCAUGGGCCAGUACCUGCUCAACACGCUCGCCUUGGCUCCUAAGGUCGAGCCCGCCGAUAUUGAGCGUGACUUCAACAACCACAUCCAGGACGUCCUGGUUGUGUCGUACCUGGCCAACACCAUCCGCACGCAGAUGGAGCUGUCCAACCGGCUAGCCACCGCACAGCUGACCCUGGGCGGCGAAGGCAGCGGCGAGUCCGGCGCCCAGCGCGGCGGACAGCGGGGCGGCAAGGGAGGCCGUGGUGGUCAGCAGCGGACUCAAGAGCGGAGCGGCGAGGAGGCUCGCGCGUAAAGAGGAUAUUAUGAUAGGGUUCUGAUUUAAAGACAAAAGAAAAACGAUACCUUCCAUUUUUUCUCUCUUCAACCACCGUCCCACCCACUUUUUUCUCAUAUCUUUUCUUUGUCUCAACUUGGUCUUUUCUCCGUGCAUAUUAAUCCCAUUAACGGUUUCUAUGAAUCUUCCGCAAUUUCAUGUUGCCCAGCUUGAGUUCCUGGCUUGCUUGGUAUUACGCUUCAGCUUGCGAAAGCUAAGGUCGCGAUACCAGCACUUUCUAUACAUACAACGUUCCGCACAUCCACACAUACUUCCCCCCUGCCCCUGGAGAAUCUCCCUCGUUUGAUCUUGCCUGGAAUAUCUGUCUGCUGCCAAACUGUGCCCUCUUUCGCUCCAGCUCCAGCUCGAAGAGGUGUAGUUCCGUGCUUGUCAGUCGCAUCCAGCCGACUAAUCUCCAGGCUGAUCUGUAUCUCCUUGGGAGCAAGCAAUCCCGCAACCAAUGGGACCUGCAAAGC